AGUUUUGAUUUAUUUAAUUUCUUUUUAAUUCCAGAGCUAAUUUUUGAUCAUUUUUUCUUCACAAAGGUAUGGUGCGAUGGUUGAGGACUCGGCUGAUUCUCCCCUGAUUCCUAGAUCUUGCCCAAUUUCGUCCCCAAUUUUGAGAAGUUGUCUAAUUUCAUCGCUGAUUUUGAGAUCUUGCCCGAUUUAUGAGAAUGGAGAAGGAUUUAAAGGAGGACAAGAGUUGAAAUCUUACUUGGGGUUUCUACUAUCCUACGAGGAAUCUAGGUUCAUAGCCAUUGCAUCUACCUUUGGCCGGUGGAUACAACAAGUAUGGACUAUGUUCUACGGUUUGCCUAUACACCAUCCUCCUUACCCUGACCCUAGUGUUCAAUAAGUCAUUGACAAAAUGGUUUCAAAAUGGCUGCCUCUUCACAAAAAACGAAGGUGAUUCCUCUCCGGUUUUUGUUCUUUGGCAUACUCUUGUGUGGGUGCAUGGACCUUUAAAGGCCUUAACAUGUUGCAUACGUAAUUCGGUGUACGAAUUUGUGGAAGCAUAAUUCUUUGUUAGGCCAUGGUUAUGAGUUUUAACUCAUGCUUUUCUUCUAAGUUCUAACAUGACCUCCUUUGUCUUUUCGUAUGGAAAUCCCUAACUGAUUGCAUA